AUGUAUCGACAGUUUUUGAUGGACGAAAGAGACCGAAAUUUUCAGCUAAUUUUAUGGAGAAAAAACGUAAAUGAGCCAAUCACAUUAUAUCAAUUGAACACCGUAACAUAUGGCACUUCAGCUGCACCUUUCCUUGCGGUAAGAAGUUUGGUUUUCAUCGCUGAUUUUUACAAAAAUGAAUUUCCUAUUGGUUCUAAAACUCUUAAGCAAGAUGUUUACGUUGAUGACUUGCUCACGGGGGCAGAUAGCUUUUCUGAACUUUUAGCAAAAAAAUGUGAAGUUGUCGAAGUUUUACAAAAAGCCGGACUACAACUGUCAAAAUGGAAUUCAAAUUGCCCAAAUAUUGCUCCCUGCGACGGUGAACUACAAUUAAAAACAAAUGACGAACACAUUGCUAAGGCACUUGGGAUGUCAUGGAAGCCCAAGGACGACGUCUGUUGCUUUCGUUUUGAUUUACCAGUUAUAGAAGUCCCAACAAAAAGAUCGGUUUUGUCAGCUGUAGCAAAAAUCUUUGAUGUUCUUGGUAUACUCAGUCCUAUUAUAAUUUCUUGCAAGAUUCUGAUUCAAGAAUUAUGGAAACAAAAGUUAGAAUGGGACGAACCACUUAACGAACGUUUCUCGAAUCGCUGGCGGAUAAUUGAACAGGAUUUUCCAAAUAUCAACAAAAUUGAAAUCCCUAGAUUUGCAGGUACAUCUCCAAAAACUCAAUUUGAUAUCCAUGGAUUUGCAGAUGCCUCUCAAUUGGCAUACGGAUGCUGCAUCUAUGUGACUCAUAAAACUGAUUUAAAAUCAACUUUGCUCAUAGCAAAAUCAAAAGUUGCUCCAGUGGUUCACCAAUCCUUGCCGCGAUUAGAACUUUGCGCCGCUUUAUUGCUUUGUCGAACUUGGGACAAAAUCAAACAUAAGUUUGAUGCCUUUACAUAUAGAAUUUUCUUCUGGUCUGAUUCAAAAAUAGUUCUAAGCUGGCUUACUAAUCACUCGUCGUCAUAUAUUUGCUUUGUCGCUAAUAGAGUAUCAGAAAUACAAAACUUAACUCACAACAUUCCCUGGAUGCAUGUGCCUUCGAAACAAAACCCUGCAGAUGUGGUGUCGCGAGGCUGUCUUGCCAAUGAUUUAAAUAAUACAAUAUGGUUUAAUGGCCCUCAAUUAAUUUUGGAACCAGAUAUAAAUUGGCCCAAAGAUAAUAAUGAAGUUGUAGAACUUCCCCAACAAGAAAUAAGGAAAACUAUAUUUAAAACUACUAUCGUAACCGAAUCAAUCAUCGAUCAAUUAAUUUCUCGUCAUUCUUCGUAUCGUCGCUUAUAUUCAUCGUGUCUUCGACAAAACACAUCGGAAUUUCUUUGUAACCGCUGA